GUCUCCUGAGCUCUGGAGUUCAGUUACGAGCCCCCCCCAUUCCUGCCCCCCCACACUCCUGCCCACCCGCCCCCCCAGCCUUGCUCACACGGCUGCCUCUGGCCGGCGCAUAGCUGGUGCCAGCAGUGAACCAGAGCAGCUGGAGGAGCUCUCAGAGGGUCCCGGCUGCCAACCAGGACCAGCCCCCGCUCCCCCCCCACCCCACCGCCUGCUGUCGGUGCCCUCAGUGGUGCUCCUUCAUCCUGUCUCACUGGCCUGGUGCGUGCCCCUCAUCUCUACUCUGCGGGGGCUUCUCUGAGUCCCUGUCCCCAUGUCUGAGCCCCCAUGGCGGGCACGGCGGCAGCGAGCAGGGGGCGGCCACAGCGGGUGAGCAUGCAGGAGCACAUGGCCAUCGAUGUGAGCCCGGGUCCCAUCCGGCCCAUCCACCUCAUCUCUGACUUCUUCCCGCACUUCUACCCCUUCGCGGGGCCCACCCUGCGCGCCCCAGGCCCGCGCCCUGCAGUGACCCCCGCCCUCUGCUCUGCACCUCAGCCACAGCCCGAUCCAGAGCCAGAGGGAGACUCAGACGACAGCACUGCCCUGGGCACCCUCGAGUUCACGCUGCUUUUUGAUGCGGACAACAGCGCCCUGCACUGCACGGCUCAUCGUGCCAAGGGCCUCAAGCCACCGGCCUCAGGCUCUGUGGACACCUACGUCAAAGCCAACCUCCUUCCGGGGACCAGCAAGGCCAGCCAGCUGCGGACACGCACGGUUCGGGGCACCAGGGACCCUGUCUGGGAGGAGACACUCACCUAUCACGGCUUCACCCGCCAGGAUGCCGGGCGCAAGACCCUGCGGCUGUGCGUGUGUGAGGACCCCCGGCUGCGGCGACGGCGGCGGGCACCUCCCCUGGGGGAGCUCCGGGUGCCCCUGAGGAAGCUGGUGCCCAACCGAGCCCGCAGCUUCGAUGUGUGCCUGGAGAAGCGGAGGCUGACCAAGAGGCCCAAGAGCCUGGACACGGCCCGUGGCAUGUCCUUGUAUGAGGAGAGAUGCACUGAACUGACCAGUCACGUGGCCUGGGCAAGCCCCUCCCCUUCUCAGGCGCUGGAGGGUACAGCUGACCUGCCUGACCCCCACCUACCCCUGCAGGAGGAGGUGGAGGCAGAGGUGGCCGGGGAGGAACGUGGGCGCAUCCUGCUGUCACUGUGCUACAGCUCUCAGCGGGGUGGCCUGCUGGUGGGCGUGCUGCGCUGUGCCCACCUUGCCCCCAUGGAUGCCAACGGCUACUCGGACCCCUUCGUCCGCCUUUUCCUGCAUCCAAACGUGGGCAAAAAAUCUAAAUACAAGACCAGCGUUCGGAGGAAGACCCUGAACCCCGAGUUCAAUGAGGAAUUCUUCUACGCAGGCCCAAGGGAGGAGCUGGCCCAGAAGACGCUGCUGGUGUCUGUGUGGGACUACGACCUGGGCACGGCGGACGACUUCAUCGGCGGGGUGCAGCUGAGUAGCCGGGCCAGUGGCGAGGGCCAGCAGCACUGGAGUGAGUGCCUGGGCCACAGUGACCGCCGGCUGGAGCUGUGGCACCCGCUCGACGGUGCACCCUUCCAGCUCAGCGACUAGCAGGGGUGCCCAGCUCUGCUCACCGCCCCUCACUCAAACUGACCCACGGACAUCUCCACGGAGCUGGGAGGACCUGGGGCUGCCUCACCCACCGUGCCAGUCCCUAGUCAGAUUGUUUCCUCCCUUCCCUUCCUUCAAAUUCACCCCACUGUCGGAGCAUGAAUCAAGAAUAAACCUCUCAUCUGAACCAGA